CAAAACAAGAUCUCCCUGCUACCUAAGAAAGUCAGGAUAAGAAGAAGAAUUACAUCACAAUACACGUGAUGAUUCGUUUAUCUCACUAUUCAGGAAGACUUGGAGGUUAUCAGCUGCUGAAGGAAUGAGAUCCUUGCGACAUUUUCCCAAGAUAUUAACAAAUAUAGAUCUUAGAUUAUCAGCGGUGGCCUUUGAAUUCUUACAGCUUAGCUGAAAGGAAACAGUGCUCAAUUUUCAACCCUCUUCGUCUUCACUCGAUCUUUCGAGACUCCAUUCUCUCUGGUCAUCGCGAAUUAAUGAUGCUCUAAAGCCACACGCAUGAUUGACUUUUAUUUAAUUUAAUAACUUUGACAUGAUAAGAAGUGAAUUGCAAUCUCAUUUGAUAUUUUAAGCACCUUUAAAGGGCGCCGUGAUUGUUUAACUUGGUGCCAUUAGUCGAGCGUUGUGUUGCAUGCUUCAGGCCAGCCUAUAAAAUUUCCGGUGAACAUGUUCAAAACGUGGUCUUCAGUUCUUGCGGCGUUAUCUUUGGCGAUGUUGGCUUUUUCAGAAAGCUUAACUCUCCAAGCCGAGAAGGAAUUCGCCUCUGGCUUGCUUCAAAUGCUGGACAUGGAUCAUGCUCCUAAUAUCUCAAGCGAUCGCCAUGACAUUCCGCGCUACAUCUUAAAUCUUUACAAGGGCAAGCUUACAUGGAAGCGAUCUAGCUCUGGCAGAAGAAUUCCAGAUGGCACUACGACACGGAUUCUGUUCCCACAAGGUCUUAAUGAGGACACCGACAGCUCGGUUCUCCAGUUCAACCUGUCUUCGCUUGGCCACGGCUCCCAUAAAAUUUUGCGUAAAGCUGAACUGCACGUCCAAGUUUUUUGUGGAGGAGGUGUAAAUGUGAAGGUUAGCAUCGUUUACAGCGAUGAGUCACAAAAUUUUGCAGACGGCGAUAAGGAGACAAUAUCAACUCGGGAUUGUCACAAGACGAUCAAAGGCAGAUGGCUGGUGUUCAAUUUGACUCAAUUUAUGCUUUCAAAGGUCAAAAGGCACACAGGAAAUCUAAACCUUGCCAUUUCAACUAAUCCUGCAUUCAGGAUUACCACAAAAAGAAAGCGAAAACCUUUCCUUGUUGUUUUCAACGAGCCACUCGAAAUUCCAAAUCCAAACCAAGGAGUACUCAGCGCUCCCCCAGUGAAGAGGCAACAAGUCGUGACAGGUAACGCCACAGAGAACAGCUAUGGCAAACUUUCCCGAACGAAACGUUCAGAGGAUAUCAUGUGUAGAAAGCGACGACUUGCAGUUCGAUUCCGCGACUUAAAGUGGAGCGGCUGGAUCAUUGCGCCGACUCGAUUUGGAUUUCAUUACUGUGAGGGUACAUGUCCCGGUACUCUCAGCCUGGUCUCAAAUCCGACAAAUCACGCAAUUUUACAGAACAUUAUCCAUCAUCGGCUCGGCAAAAAAAUACCCGCCGCUACUUGUGUAGCCACUGAGCUUCGCUCGAUGAGUCUUCUCUAUUACGACCUUGACAACACAAUUGUGCUGAGAGAUGUUCCGGGUAUGGUCGCUUCGGAUUGUGGCUGUAGGUAACUCUAAAACUUUAAGCAUCAAUUCAAGCUGAAGCUGGGAAUAGGUAGAUGAACCUUCCAGGAGUUUUAGCCACAUAAUCCGGUGUUAAGUGCUUUGUUAAUUGCGUGUUAACAGUGUUCAAGACUCCGUCUCUCCUCAUAUCUUUAGGUCAACGGACCAGUUCAGAUCAUGAAACAUGCCUGUGUUCUGAAUAUAUUUUCUAACUUUUAAUAUCGAAAUGUUGAAAAGGUUGAAGUUGUGACGAAAUCUGGUAAGGUAUGUAAAUUUUUAGUCAAAACCUCGAUGCAACGGCCCUAAUGCUUCUUCAGACAAUAGAUAGAUUCUGACAAUUCAAACCGAGCACGGCUCCUUUCGCGUUAAUCUACAUAAUCGUUUAAGCUUUUAUUCAUUUGAAAGGAACUGUGUUAGAAUAUUCAAACUAGUUUUGAGACGCAGAGAACCACUCUCAGGUAACACGAACUCUUGAAAUUAUAAUUUCGUAGGAACAAGGGACUAGUAACUAGAUACGCGGCACAUACAUUAUUCGGUUGGAUAAGAUAAUCGCAGAUACGAAUGACAAACCUUAGAAGAAUAGGCUAGCUUUAUCAAAAUGCAGCAACUACAUAAUGGUACCUUUCAAGGGUUGGAAGCAAACAAAGGGCGGCAGAAUGUGAUUAUAACCAGUCCAUGAGAGUACAAAAAAAAAACCUUCACUGUGGAUAUGCGGUUUUUUUUUUUUUGUGGUCUUUAGUCGUUUACGCCUCAUUUUGAAGGUAUCAUUGGACUUUCUAAGACAGCGAUAAAUAUAGAGGAGAAGGAUUAUAAAAACAUUAAGAGAUAAUGAUAAUUGUCAUAAAUAGGACAAAAGAAGUCCAAAUAGAGGGGAACAGAUAUUAAGCAAAAAGAUGGAAAGAACACCAGCCGAACAUAUUGGACUUGGUCAGUAAAACAAUCUUCAGUAGAAAGCUGACUGGAUACGUUUAAUUAUUCUUCGUAUCGACAAUUAAAGAAAUGGCAAUGCCUAUAGUUGACAUCUUAACGAACACACCUUGCUUUCGAUUCUAAAAAGGAAAUAUAUAUAUAUAUAUAGUUUGGCAAUAGUCACGCUUUCAUGGGGAAUAACCUAAUAAGAUAUUUUGUGUUGAUUAUUAUCGCCAGUGACAAUUAGUAUUGAAUUAAUCAUUUUAUUCAUCCGACUAGAAUAAUUUGAUAACUGCACUUAAAGAGAAAACAAAGGAAUAAAGAAAAUGCCGCAUGC